AUGCGCACUAGAGAGAAAAAGAAGUGGAAUGAAAAUUCAGAAGAGAGUAAGGAAGCACCAGAGAACCAUAAACUGCAACAGCAACCUGUCCUUCAUCCCACACCACUAGAGCCGUUUCAGGACACUGUAUUACUUAAGAAGCCACUUGGACUAAGAAUCUGCAAAAAUACUUUACAGGUAACAUAUAUUGAAAAAUCAGGGGCAUCAGUGGGUCGGGUAUUUGUUGGUGAUGUUAUCGUAGCUGUCGAUGGGCAGAAAAUCAGCACUGUCAAUGAGCUCAACGGUGUUCUUAAAAAACCUUCACCGAUGGCAGCUGUAAUAUUCAAGCGCAUGUGCUAUUCAAAAUGCAAGCAUAAAAAGACAUUUGUGGAAAAAAUAAGCGUAGAAAGAGGUCGAGAAAUGAAAUGCACCGGACGAGCAAUCGAUCAGUAUCUGGUCCAAAUGGCUCUACGUAUUAAUGAUAUAGUUGACAUAAGCGAAGUGCUCGGAUUAUCUGUGAAAUAUGAUGCAAAAGAAAGAAUUCAAGUGAAUGCUACAGCUAAUGACAGUCUUUCAUCCUUACAUCUACGUCCAGGAGAUGUAAUACGCGAAGUGAAUGAAUAUCCCAUUGCAAGUAAAACUAUGCUUGAUUAUUUCAUACAAGCAGCAGUCAUUGAAAAUGGUCAGGUAAAUUUUACAAUCGAAAGUUUGGCCGGAGGUAUUGAUAGUUAUCGUGAUCAAGUCGAAUUUGCAAGUGAUGUGCUAGAAAUUGCUCAAAAACAAAUCAUCCAAUUCCGAAUGGCUGUGGCUUCAAAAACAUUAAAUCGUCCAUCAAUAUUACAGAAACAACAUGCAAGUAAAAAUAGCAGGAAGAUUGUUAUUUCCCAGAAUUGUGUUGAAUUACCAAUUGGAGCUGAUUUUGAUCCAUCGAAAUUAAAAGCAUGUAAGGGUGCUAAUGUCGAAAUGCGAAGUACACAAAAACGUGGUUUUUAA